GACUGAUGCUGGGAUGAUCUGCAGACCGAACAUGAUUACACUGACAGGUUUCAUGUUUCUACUGACAUCAGCAUUCCUUGGCUUUUUAUAUUCACCCCAUCUAGAUACAACACCCCCCAGAUGGGUUCACCUUGCUCAUGGACUGCUUCUCUUUCUUUAUCAGACUUUCGAUGCCGUGGAUGGAAAACAAGCAAGGCGUACCAACUCAUCAAGUCCUCUAGGCGAGCUUUUUGACCACGGUAGUCUCCAGUUGGAAUUUAAGUAGAUGUACUCAGUUUUAAGAAAUAUCGUAUGAUGCUGACAAGUUUGCAUCCUGUGCAGAAUGUGAUGUGCUUG